UAGUUCCGUAGUAUACUGUAUAUAUCUAUCUAGUGCAGUUAAUUGAGUUGAGAAGCUUUAUUUUAUACAACUAAAAGCCGUUACUGAUAUUUAGUAAUUUAUAAAUAUUAGUAGCUCUCGUUUCUUCACCCGAGUUAUUGAACGUUUUCUAGUUUAAGUAUUAUUGUAUCCUGAUUAGUAGCUUACCAGUUUCAGCUCGAGAUGGAAGACGAGUUGAUUAUAAAUGAGGAACUACCAGAAGAAGAAGGAGUCGACCACGAAGACAUUGUAUUGACCGAAGAUGAAACACCACACUCACCCGCCGAGAUUCAACCAAAAAGGUACACAGUCUCAGAGUGUAUUGAACUGAUUGGAUACGGUAGAUACCAUUGGAAAGUAGUCGCCACAAUGGGAAUGAUGUCUGCUGCUGACAGCGCUGAAAUCUGGAUUAUUGGCCUUAUUUCACUUAAUCUGAAGUGUGAGUGGGACAUAUCCCCUGCUCAAAAAGCAGCUGUACCAGGUCUUGUCUUCCUUUGCAUGUCCAUUGGAAGUUGGCUUUCAGGAGUGUUAGCUGACAUCUAUGGUAGAAGAAAGAUUAUGCUCAUAGUUUACUACAUGUUCACUCUUGCAGCAACUGCUUCAGCUUUUGCUUGGAGCUAUCCAGUAUUUCUCAUUCUCAGAGGAGUUGCAGGUUUUUGCAUUGGUGCCAACUACGGUGUUUCCAUAUGCUACUCAGCUGAGAUGGUACCCAUUACCAAACGAGCGUUUAACCUUUUGAUGUUAGACCUUCUCUGGUGUGCAGGAGGGGUCUACAUAUGCUUUUGUGCCAUUUUCGUGAUGCCUUACCAAUGGGGUUGGCGAUAUCUCAUUCUACUAGCAGCACUACCUUGCUUGGUAACGAUUCCUUUGCUUCACAUCUGUGACGAGUCCGUCAGAUUUCUUGCUGUAAGAGGCAGACUUGGUGAAGCCAAAGAAAUUUGUGAUAAAAUAGCAGCUCAAAACAGUACAGAUAAAGUUGCAGGUGAAAUAUUUUGUUCGACUGCAAAAAAUUCAUCUAAGCCUUUCAAUGCAGAUAUGUUCAAACAGCCAUUCCUGAGGAGAACGCUACUACUUAUGGUCUGUUUUAGUGCCUCAGUUUGGGUAUUCUAUGCAUUCAUGUACCUGUUACCAGACAUGAUGGCAGAUGGAUAUUGUCAUUUAUCAGAAUGGUUCCAAGUUACUCAUAGAAAUUCAGAAGGGUGUUUGAUAUACACAACUACAGAGUAUAUCUUCUUGAUUGUUGUAAAUCUGCUUUAUCUCCCUGGCUACGUUAUCUCUCCAAUAACAGCAGAAUAUUGGGGAAGAAGACCAACCUUAUGGUACUCAUUCUGGGGUGGACUUGCUACAAGUAUAAUGCUUUUGAUAUGUAUACACCCUGUUGUAAUAUACAUCAACUUGUUCUUGGUGAUUAAUUUCUAUGGAAUCUCUGUGGCAACACUUUGGUUAUAUGUUCCUGAGAACUACCCUACUUACUUGAGGUCGUCUGCAACAGGAGCACACAAUGGGUUCAGCAAAGUUGGGGCAGCAUUUGGAACAUUUCUCACAGAAUACUUGGACUCAGUGAAGAUCAGUCAUAGCAUCACGGUCUUGGUGGUGGUUCUCAUAAUUUCAAGUGUAGCAACAAUUUUUCUCCAAAUAGAAACUAAAGGCAAGUCUUUGAUAGAUGGGAAAGAUUCCCCCUCAGUACCACCAAACAGUAAUGAUAUACCACUCAGUGAAUAUGAACCCAAGACUGAAAACCAAGUAAACUCGAUAGAUGUGAACCAAACAGCUCACCAUAUUUAGAAGAGUUGCUAGCUAGCUUGAAUAAUGUAAAUUUUGUAUUAAAGUAGCAAUUUUAAGGUCUACAAUAUAGAGCUUUGUCACUUCUCAGAGACUGGUUGCACAAGUACACACGGUGAAAUCAUCAUGGGUAAUUUCUUGCUUAAAUUUUAGUUAAAUAUUCGUGUACAAUAUUAUGUCACAGGAAAACCCUGAUUUACCAGAGUUUGGGGGAAUUGAAAAAGCCGUGGUAAAUCAGUGUUUGGGUAACUGUAAAUCAUAGUUUUGAUUGUUCACAUGAAGAAUGUGUACGUCGUAUUCGGGGGAAGAAAUGAAGUAAAUUGGGGCUUCGCUGUCAACUUUAAUAAAAUCGUGUUAAAUUAAAGGUUAUGUUGUGUGUAUAUUAAAAGUUUUUAAGCAUUGUAUAAUCAGCAAAUUUAUUUCCUACGAUGAACAUUUCCCUGUUUUCAAGGUUCUUAA